AUGGCGGUCAAUCGGGAGGAAAUCCUCAAGGAGAGGGCGGCGUUCAUAAGGGAUUCUCUGCACAAGAGCCAAACCAUCAUCGAAACCGUAACCGCCAUGCGUCCCACUCAGAUACAAAGGCAUUCAAUUAGAAAGGCACACAAGAACCUUGACAAGACGCUUCAGGCAACUCAGCUGAUUUUAAGUCAAUUUGAUCUUGCACGGCAGGCAGAGGCAAAGACACUAAGAGGGCCACAUGAGAAUUUGGAAAGUUAUCUGGAGGAUCAGUUGAGGGGUGUAAUUAAACGUUUUGAUAGUGACAACAACUUUAAGGGUGGUGUACUUAACAAGUAUGUUGGUAAACUAGAAGAGGAUCUUCGUCAGCUCCUUAGCGCAUACAGCAAACCGGUUGAACCGGGUCUUUUUGACGGUUUGCCUCAAUCUCUACGUCCAUCUCCUGAUGCUGGCUUGAAACAGCAGCAACAAAAGAGUUUAGGAACUGCUGUGUACCACCCACCAGCUCUUGUUCCACCACGAGUUCAAGCUGGCCACCAUCAGGAAGUGUUCAAUAUUUACAGAGAUAUCCGAGUUUCAUCUGUGGAGCAGAGUCUCAGAAAACUAGGAGUGGAAAGAGUGAGUAAAGAAGAUGUACAAAAGAUGCAAUGGGAAGUUUUUGAAGCAAAGAUUGGAAACUGGAUUCAUUACAUGCGGAUUGCAAUGGAUAUAAUUUUUGGAAGGAAAUAUUGUACUGAAAUGCGAGAAGCUACUAUGAUUUUGACGAAGUGUUUGGCUGAGACUUCUCAAGAGACCUUUGUGGACUUUGAAGAUGCAGUGGAGAAAGAUGCCACGAAAACUACUGUUCAUGAUGGAACUAUCCAUCCUCUAACAAUCUAUGUGAUCAAUUAUGUCAAGUUUUUAUUCGACUAUCAUUCAACUUUGAAACUACUAUUUCGAGAGUUUGAUCACACUGAUGCAGACAUCCAAAUGGCGUCCAUAACAACACGAAGUAUUCAAGCACUCAUAACUAAUCUGGAUGGGAAAUCUAAGCAAUACAAAGACGCUGCAUUGACUCAAUUAUUUAUGAUGAACAAUAUAUACUACAUUGUAAGAUUUGUCCGCAGGUCAGAAGUUAAGGAUUUGUUAGGCGAUGAUUGGGUGCAGAUACAUAGAAGGAUAGUCCAGCAGCAUGCAAAUCAGUACAAGAGGAUCUCUUGGUCUAAGAUUCUUCAGUGUCUAUCCAUUCAGGGAGUUACCCCGGAGAACAGUUCCUUCAUAAUUUGUUCUCCCCAUGUUACCAGCAAUGUGUCAAGAGUGACAGUGAAAGACAGGUACAAGACGUUCAACGUCCUGUUUGAAGAACUUCAUCAAAGGCAAUCACAAUGGACAGUUCCGGACAGCGAGUUGCGCGAGUCGUUGAGGCUGGCGGUUGCCCAACUUCUCUUGCCUGCUUAUAGAUCUUUCAUUAAGCAUUAUGGGCCUAUGAUUGAGAACGGCAAGAAUCCUUCCAAGUACAUCCGCUUCACUCCUGAGGAUCUUGAGAGGAAACUGUCUGAGUUUUUUGAAGGAAAAACGUGGAAUGAGCAAAGGCGAUGAUAAAUUCAAUUGUGGAUAUCAAGCACUAGUUUUGCCUAGAAGAAGAUCGAGCUUAAUUCUGUUCUCAUAUUAUUAUUUUAAUUUAAAAGUAUAUGAAUAAUGCAUUUUGAUGCCUCAUUAACUUCUGUAUCAAUACCAUACCCCUUUCUUAGGUAUAUCAAAAUGUUUCAUUUUUAA